GCCAUUUUCUCUCUUAAAAAUCACUGAAGAAAAACUUGAAACCCUGAAAAAGACCUGGUUUUAAUUAAAACCAGGUCUUUUUAAUAAUCAAUUUUAAUAUUAAUUAAUAACAUUUUAUAUUAGAUCUCUUUAUAAUCUCCUUUUUUAGCUUUCUCAAUUUCCUUUUAAUUUUGAUGAAGUUUCAAUUUUUGGUUUCUUCUCUUUCAAGCUUCGUUGAGCCUUAUUUAUCUUUCCACAAUGAACAACCUUCUAACGGAGUCAUUUGAGUUCCCUCAUGAUCGAGGAUUGCGAGGUGGAGAUAUCGAGUUGGGAGCUCAAAUGAAUUCUGGAGAACUGGGCCUUCAAAAUUUCUUUAAAAAGGUUCAAGAGAUAGAUAAACAAUAUGAGAAGCUGGAUAAACUGCUCAAAAAGCUUCAGGAUGCACAUGAGGAAUCCAAGGCUGUGACUAAGGCUUCUGCCAUGAAAUCUAUCAAGCAGCGAAUGGAGAAAGAUGUCGAUGAAGUUGGAAAAAUUUCUCGUUAUAUAAAGGGGAAAAUUGAGGAAUUGGACAGAGACAACUUAGACAAUAGAAAGAAACCUGGAUGCGGGAAAGGAACGGGCAUAGAUCGGUCAAGGACGGCAACAACUCUUGCUGUGAAAAAGAAGUUGAAAGACAAAAUGGCUGAAUUUCAGACUCUGAGGGAAACCAUCCAUCAAGAGUAUCGGGAGGUUGUUGAGAGACGUUUUUUCACAGUAACGGGCACAAGACCAGAUGAAGAGACAAUUGAAAAAUUGAUUGACACUGGAGAUAGUGAACAAAUAUUCCAGAAAGCAAUUCAGGAGCAGGGACGAGGCCGGAUAAUGGACACUGUGUCUGAAAUUCAAGAGCGCCAUGAAGCAGUAAGAGAUUUGGAGAGAAAGCUCCUUGAGUUACAACAGAUAUUUUUCGAUAUGGCGGUGCUGGUUGAUGCACAGGGAGACAUGCUUGACAACAUAGAAUCUCAGGUAUCGAGUGCGGUAGAUCAUGUCCAGUCAGGGAAUACUGCCCUUCAAAAGGCGAAGAAGCUACAGAAGAACUCCAGGAAAUGGAUGUGCAUUGCUAUCAUCAUCCUUCUCCUAAUUAUUGUAAUCAUUGUCGUUGCUGUGAUUAAGCCCUGGAGCAGCAACAAAGGUGCUUAGAUUGUGUCAUCAAUUUGUUAUGUAUAAAAUAUAUAUGAACUUGCUCGAUGAUCCUUCUCUCUCGGCUGGUUCUGUUUAUAAUUUUUGAGGUCUACAAUACAAGCCCCCUUUUUUCUUGUGUGCCUUUGGUGAUUGAAUACUGGUAUGAUUGAAAUUUGAUAAUUGUAUUACAUUCUUUCGAUAUAAAAUAUAAUAUUAUGGUCCUGGUUGAUUUUAGACAGAUGUAGUUUCAAUUUUCAUUU